AUGGAGAUGAUAUUCAUUGAUGCACAGGGUGAUACAGUGCAAGCUUCCAUUAAGUAUACACUGUUAUACAGAUUUGAGUCUAAGAUCAAAGUGAACAGAUGUUAUAAUGUAAUGUCAAACCUAUCUGCUUUUUUUAGUGUCAAGACCUACAAGCAUGCCUUGAAUGACUAUAGAGUCACUUUUGAAUAUACAUCUACUGUGAGAGAAGUUGACGUUCCGUCCAUUCCAAUGUAUUCAUUUAAGUUCACACCUUACGCAGAUAUACAACAAGCGUCAAAUAACAAUGAGUAUACGAUAGAUGUUAUUGGUUCGCUUUUGUCGAUAGGUGAAGUUCAGCCUUUGAGUAAUGCUUUUGUUGAAGCUUCUCUGUUGACAGGAUUGUCUACUAUCAAUCUUCGCUACGAGGACGGAAAUCAUUUUCAAGUUGGUUAUAUUGACAAAGGAAAAUGCAAAGAAAUAAUGAUUGAACAAGUUGCAAGCAAACGAGGAGAAUGGAAGAUGGCUGAACAGUUAAGAAGAAGAAGACUACUCUUGACAAUGGAUCGAGCCCCGUCCGUAAUUAGGCUAAGCUUUCAUCUCCCCGAUCAUCAGCCGAUUGUCUUCAAUGAAAACCAGUCAUUACAAAGUGUGCUGAAUAGGCCACCUGCUAAACAAACUAUGUUUCUAGCGUGGUUUGAGGCCAACAAGAACUAUCCACAUGCUAGGGACUUGAGGGAUGCAUGUUAUGUGUUCGGUUUGUUAGAUGACGACAAAGAAUACAUAGAUGCAAUAAUUGAAGUGAAUACUUGGGCACCCGGGGACUAUUUACAUAUAUCGGAUGAAAGCUUGAAGAACUAUACUCUCACCGAAAUAGAAAAAAUAUUGCAAAGCAAUGGUAAAAGCCUGCGAAAUUACGCGCCCAUGCCAAUUCCAAUCGAAUUCUCAGCGGAGGACACAGUAAACAUAUUGGUGUUAGAUGAACUGGAUUACGACCGUUUGAAAUGGUUAGAGAACUUCAACGCUGCAGUUCGUUCCAAGGGAAAGAUUGUAAUUAACAUUGCAUCGAGUGGUAUAGCAUCGUUAUUGCUCCCCGGUGGAAGAAAUGCUCAUUCUCGAUUCGGACUACCCAUAAAUGUACACGAGAGUUCCACCUGCAGCAUAUCGCAACAAAGUCCACAUGCGGGGUUGCUCAUAAGGGCAAAGCUUAUUAUAUGGGACGAGGCUCCUAUGAUGCAUAGAUACUGUUUUGAAGCGAUUGACAAGACAAUAAAGUCAAUAUUACAGGUUGACAAACUCUUCGGUGGUAAGGUGGUUGUUCUUGGAGGAGAUUUUAGGCAGAUCUUACCAGUUGUGCUCAAAGCAUCAAGGCAGGACAUAGUUGGUAAUGAGGAUGACGGGAAACAAAACGAUGGUGAAGCUUCGAUAGAGAUUCCCGAUGACAUGUUGAUUGGUGAUUCAAAAGAUCCAUUCAGAGAUCUACUGGAAUUCAUUUACCCGGAUUUGUCGAAUAACAUGUAUGAUCCAGACUAUUUUCAAGGGAGAGCAAUUCUUGCACCAACUAAUGAAUGCGUCGAGUCUGUGAACGAUCACUUAAUGUCUCUCCUUCCAGGAGAGGAGAAGAUGCACCUGAGCUCAGAUAGUAUGUGUAGGGACGAGCAAACAAUGGAGGAUUAUGCAGAAAUUUAUUCGACUCAAUUCCUCAACACAAUAAGAUGCUCCGAACUUCGUUCUCAUGCGUUGAAGUUCAAGAGAAGACAGUUUCCGUUGAUUGUUUCUUUUGCAUUGACAAUCAAUAAAAGCCAAGGUCAAACUCUUUCGCAUGUUGGUUCGUAUCUUCCUAGGCAUGUCUUCAGCCAUGAUCAACUAUAUGUUGCAUUGUCCAGAGUUACGAGCAGAGGUGGCAUUAAGAUAUUCAUCAAGUCGGAUUCGGGUGAACUCACCAAUGUUAUUAGAAAUGUCGUGUACAAGGAAGUGUUUCUUCUCUAUAUAAUUUCCCCCGUGUGA